AUGGCGGGCUCACUAGCCAUUGCGCCUCUUCCGGAUUCAGUCCGCGCUCAAAUCAAGUCCUCUGUCGAGAUCACCUCCCUUGCCAGUGCCGUUGAAGAGCUCCUGCGCAACGCGUUGGACGCCGAUGCAGAUGUCAUAGAGGUUGUGGUCAACUUCAAGAGAGGGUUCUGUUCCGUGACCGAUAAUGGCAAGGGAAUUCCGGCUGCCGAAUUCGGGUCUGGUCGACAACUUGCGCGGCCUUAUUGCACUUCGAAGAGUGGCAGAAGCGAUACCUACGGAAAGAACGGCCAGGCCCUAGCAAGCCUCUCAGCGCUGUCAAUUGUCCAUAUCGUCUCGCGCGAACGCGGCUCCCUGGCCCACAAUAUAUUGCUGCACCCGUCCCGAACAACGUCCAACAGCAUAGACUUGACUGACACAGCACAAGAGAUGUCAAGCCACGGUACUAAGGUCAUCAUCCAUAAUCUCUUUGGCAAUUUGCCAGUUCGGUUCAAAGCCCAGGCAGCCAGAAGCAGUAACCACGCCGAAACCGUGAAACAGUUCCAGGAGCUGAAGAGGCGUCUGGUCGGCUAUCUACUUGCCUCACCUAAGCCCUUUACACUGAAACUGUCUGUUCAGGGGACCGAUUUGAUGUACAAACAUAAGACCACACCCACAGGCUCUGCUCAGGGGAGUUUCUCUGCAACAAAAAUGCAGAGUAUCUUCAAGCAGGCUGCUCUGGUCGACGCUACGCAACAAGGGACUUGGAGACUUGCCUCUGCAAAGACCUGUGGUAUCUCGAUACGAGCCGCAGUCUCGACUGUUGCCAGGCCCUCAAAGCACUCUCAGUUUAUCUCAGUGGGUAAGCAACCGAUACCUUGUACGGGUAUCGGAGCACUCUUCUAUGACAGGGUCAACCGGGUCUUCGAGGAGUCUCAAUUCGGUGCUGUCUACGAGACAGACGGUGUUCGUCAAGGGCACUCAGGCCGCACGAUUUCGCCUAACCCUACACAGGCAAGCCGGCGUGGCAAGCUGGUCAAGGGUGUUGAUCGGUGGCCUUCCUUCUACAUCAGAAUUGACACUGGGUCCCGUGACCUUGUGCCCAAUGUCCUCUCACUCAACGAGUGCGAGGACGCCUCGAGUAACAACAUCCAAUAUAUCCUUGGUCUUUUGACUGUCCUUCUGAGUCAACUCCUUCAGAGUCUACACCUCAAGCCAAGAGAUCGAUCGCAGGCAAAGAGGACGGAUAUUCGACGGCGUCAUAGUGCAGCACGGAAAUUAUCACGGACAUCAAGCUUUGACACCUGGACCCGAACCAGAUCUGCAUUUCCAACGGAAGUCGAGGACCUAUGCGAGGGCUUGCCGUUCCACAAUGAUCACGAAUUGGCGCAUUCGCAUGCACCGUUGGACGCCGAUGUACAGUUGUUGCUCGAUGAUAUGGAACUCGAUAGUGAACCUUCAACACCCAAUCCCACGACGUCCGGUCAAGACGAUGUGGUGGCUUGUGCCAUCGAUACGACAGAGCAAGACGCAGUGAGUUGGACGAAUCCCAAGACAGGACGAUCCGUCCUCCUCAAUGGCAACGGUUUCGUUGUGCCUGCUGCGACCCCUCGGCCUCAGGGACAAGACUCGACCAUUGCUAAAGUCCAGCGCUGCGGGCAUACGGACUCUCGUCGCUGCACAGUCAACCAACGGUCGAGCACUAAAGAAAUCGCCGAAAGACUUCGCAACUGGCCCGUCAAGACAUUUGCGUCGGAUGCGGAAGUCGUUGUACCAUCUCUGUCUGCAAUGUUUAGGACCGACCAUGCCAAAUCUGUUGUCCAGCAACCAACCAUCGAGCAACUCUUAUCAGCCAGCAACCUUGCUUGUGCCAAGGUACUCGGGCAAGUCGAUGAGAAAUUUAUUCUGGCGCUCGUGCCUAGCACAGAAUCAGAGCCCAAUUUAGUCCUUAUUGAUCAGCAUGCCGCCGAUGAACGCGUCAAAGUAGAGCAGUUGUAUACAGGGCUGUGCUCUGAUGGUAUCGUUGCCCUCAGAAAGCCUUUGAUUCUUGAGACCACCGGUGAUGAAGCCCGGCUGUUCGAUGAAGCGCAAGCAUACUUUGAUUCAUGGGGUCUGCGAUACCAACAAAGCGAGGCCUCCAAAAACAUCAUUCGCGUCUCCCAUCUACCGGAAGUAAUAGCCCAGCGAUGCCAGCAAGAGCCUAAGAUCCUUAUUGGUUUGUUACGAAAGGAGUUGUGGACCGAGCAUCGACACGUUCCUUUGGCAGAACAACCCUCUGAGCCAGGAUGGAUCAGCCGGAUCGCGCAGUGUCCCGCUGGCAUUGUGGAGAUGAUCAAUUCUCGAGCAUGCCGAAGUGCCGUCAUGUUCAACGACGUGCUGACGGUGGAUCAGUGUCAAGAACUGGUUCGGCGGCUCGCGUCCUGCACCCUACCUUUCCAAUGUGCCCAUGGUCGACCGAGCUUGGCGGUAAUUUCCAAUCUUGGAUUCACUGGUAUUGGAAAGUGGGAGGACACGAGCGAUGAUUUUGGAGAGGCCUGGAAGCGUUGGACAUGA